UAAAUUAAAAGUAUUAAAUGCUGUGGAAAUGGUUGCAGCAUUUAGUUUUAGUUUUUAUACUUCAGGGACCAUUUAAUGUACAGUUUGUAAAAGACAAAUAUUAUAAUUUUAAAAAACGACUGGGAUAUCUGCAGAGAAAAUACCAACACGCAUGAGCACCCUCUCACUGAGGUUUAACCACCAUAGGCUGGGAAAAGGCGACCAAUAGGAGAAAACUACAGUUCCCAGCAGCCAUUGCGCAUCCCCUGACGCAAACAAAGAACCACAUACAUGCACACUCAACUCGAGGGCUUUUAUACGCGAGAUAAACAUUAUCUGAUAAUUAUUAACAAAAAAGCACUUUAAGCUAGUAUGAUGUUACCGACAAGUAAGACCGCCAAUAAAGAACAAGCUGCCCGAGUCAUCGCGUGAUUUCACGCUUCCGGAAGUUGGACUGGGAUGAAAGAGAGAGAGAGAGCUGUCCGAGGUGCUGACACUGUGAGUAGUGCAUGUCCUGCUUCAGACUACAUACCUUCAUAUUUCACAUGUAUUUAUGCUACUUAUAUAUGUUUGACUUUUAACAGUAAUGCAUUAUCUAAGGUAGUGUGUUGGCUAAUAUCUGUAUGUUUAACUGAGUAUUUGUGUGACAAUACUGAAUUUGUUGGACACAAACUGUUCUCAGUAAUAUCUUCUUAUGUCUCUGUGCCUCUAAUUCUCAGACACUUACACAUAUACAAUUAAUAUAUGACAACAGGCUCAGACUCACUAUGUUAUGUGAAAAAGCACUAUGAUCUUUGAUUGCUUUCUUUCUAUUUAUAUUGUCAGAAUUUAGGAAGAUGGAUGAACCUCAAGAGUCAUCGUCCUGUAUCACCAACGCCCACAACUCCAGCAGCAGCCCCCCCAGUAGUAAACCUUCCCAAUGCAACGGUGUCCCAGAGUCCCGGACCUUGCUGCGGGUGCCUGAGUCACAUGGGCUUCAGCUGCUGGGCGUGCUCAGAUCUUUCAGGGAGCGAGGCUUGCUGUUUGACUUCACCAUUAAUGUCCAGGAACAGAGCUUUCCCUGUCAUCGCUGUGUUCUUGCCGCAUGCAGUGAUUUCUUCAGGGCCAUGUUUGAGGUGGAUAUGCGAGAGCGUGGUGAUGGUUCAGUGACUCUAGGUAACCAGUGUCCGGUGGCGGUGGCUUCUUUCCUGGACUUUGCCUAUUCUGGAGAGACACUCAUCACUGAUAGCAAUGUGGACAUGCUGUUCCAGCUUGCCUCUUUUCUGCAGGUGUCAGUCUUGUCCCAAGCAUGCAGCAACUUCCUGAUAGGAACCAUGGAUCUGUGUAACUGUUUGUCCCUCCUCUCCAUCGCUGAAGCCUACGGCUCGGCCUCCCUCCUCCAAAGUGCCAACGAAUUUGUGGUUCAGAACUUCUCUGAGCUUUCCAAAACCCAGGACUUUCUGGAUAUGCAGCUGAAUGUGUUGGAGGCGUGCCUAAGGUCAGAUUCUCUUAACGUGCCCAGUGAGGAGGCUGUGGUGGUGUCACUUCUAAGAUGGACAAGCCACGAUCUCUCUGGAAGGAAAAAGCUGUUGCCGGGCUUGUUAUCUCUGACCAGACUCCACCAUCUACCUGCAACUGCGCUGAAGACUCUCCGUGACUCAGAUGAUCUCCUCAGCGAUAAUGAGUCCUGUCUAGCCCUACUCUCCGAGGCUCAGAGCCGGCAGGAUCAGUACAGUGGCCUGCUCUCUGACGCCAGGCCAGCCUCAACACAGAGCUACAUCUACAUCCACAAGACGGAGGAGAACGGAGAGAUUCGUCACACCUUCUGCUACUGUCUGGAAAAAGACCAGUGGAAAGAGCUGGGGACAGGGCAGGGAGCAGGGACAGCCACUAUGCCAGACCCACCAGGGUCCUACCUGACCAGCUUUGCUGAGAAGAUGUUUGUGACAGGUGGUUGCAGAGGGAACUGUUGCCGGGCAAUCCGUCUCCAUGUGGCCGAGCCGUUCCAUGAUGCCACGGAUGAGGUUUGGUGCUUCUGUCCUGUGACCCUAACCUGCACACCUGCACCAUCAAUGCUGAAGCCCAGAACCACACACACAGCUGUAACCUGCCUGGAUCGAGUCUACGUCAUUGGAGGACGGGCCAAAGGAUCCAGAGGGGGAGCCCCCAGUCUGCUGGAGGUGGAGUAUUAUGACCCUCUGACCCAAGUCUGGUGCUCAGUCAGCCCGCUGCCCACUGCCAUCUUCUACCCUGAGGCCAGUGCUUGUGGCAGUGUAAUCUACACACUGGGGUCAGAGGUCGAGAUCACAGACUCUUUUAAUCCCUCACUGGACUGCUUCUACAGCUAUGAUGCCCAGCAGGACCAGUGGAGCCGCCUGGUGGCAGAGUUCGGCCAGUUCUUCCACGCUACACUGGUCAAGGCAGUGUCAAUUAAUAACACACUGCACCUUUGUGACCUGUCCACUUACAAGGUCUACAGUUUCUGUCCAGAGACCUGUGUCUGGAAGGGUGAAGGGUCAUUUGAGUGUGCUGGGUUCAAUGCUGGAGCAGUGGGCAUGAGAGACAGAAUCUACAUCCUGGGUGGAGACUAUUCGCCAGACGAGAUCACUGAUGAAGUUCAGGUGUACCACAGUGGGAGGAGUCAGUGGGAGGAAGUGGCUCCCAUGCCCAGAGCUCUCACCGAAUUUCACUGCCAGAUCAUCAGCUUCAACAGAUACAAAGACCCCUGGGGGGACACAACAGAUACACACUCAUGAACACACAUGAGCGGACUCAUACAUGUGUGUUACAUGAUGUAAGCAAGUACCCACGAGUGUCCUGUGUGCAUGACGGACAGCUGAGUGAGAGAACGACCAUCUUUGACUUACACCACAUCUCUCACAGAUCAUCAUUAUAACAUGAAGAGCACCUGACCCAGAUUAUUUUUUUAUUUAUUUUUAUUUAAAGAUUUAACUUUUUGUAGUUCAAAUCAAAAUGUGGUCCCUUCCAUGAAGGAACCCCAUUUAGAAGAAGAAUAUUUUAGAAAUCCUAUUUUAGUUGCUAAAUCUUUGUUUUCUGCUUUUUCUGUAUGUUUUAAAGAAAAAAUCACCCAAAGAAGAACUCACAGUAUCUGUACAUCUGUAAGUUAUCCCGUUGCUAUAAGAUAGGAAAGGAGACUUUCUAAUGUAACACUUUUGAGGCUCCGUUCAGACAGCCUUUUGGAGGAAUUCAGCGUCCUUUUCUCAAUAUUAAGGUGUGUUCACACCAAACAUCAAGCCAAUUUUUCGGGUGGUGUGAUCACAUACAAAGUCAGUGUAAAAACACAAGUAAAUACAGGAUUUGCAUCAUUUGCUUAGAGCAAUGCAAAUACAAUUUUGAACUCAAGUCAUAAAUUCUCCUGCAUAUUAUAGUCCUGAUUGAUCUGAACUCCAGUCAGAAAACAAGGAUUUCCAAAGUUGUUUUUGUCUUUUUGUCUCAUGGACAGACCUGACAAGCCUUAAUUCAGACUUUUUAGACAGACAUUCAUGGAAAAAAUGAUUAGAUCACCCUUGUUUUCUUCAAUUUCUUGUUCA